CAUAAAAAAGCAAUUCUCAAAUCUGAUUUCACACAAGUGAACUGGGGAUAGUGAAUAGUGGUGAAAAAUAAUUUCAUUAAAUAAACAUAUUGAGUUAAAUUAAUAUCAACGUAACAUUUUUAUGCCUAACGCAGAGUUGAUGAUUGCGAGUUUAUUAAAAUAAACGCUCACAUCCUUUAGGAUAAAGUGUACUUCGCGAGAAUUUAAACAAAUAACUUGUUUGCAUUCUGCUAAUUGUUUUAACUAGUUCUUUGGUAAAUUCAUUGAUUUUUGAGAUUUCUUUUUGAUAUCAUUUCUAAUAUACUUGAUACUACUACUGCUUCAAAAACAAAUGGCGGUCUGAGAGAGAAAAAGUGACACAAGGAACUCUCCCACCAUUAUUUUUUGCGCUCUUUUCAAUAAAAUGUACAAUAUUCUACUGUCAUUGCUAUAGCUGUAAAAUCAUCAUUAUCUAGUCCCAGACUGUCUGAUCACUUAGAUAUUCAGCUGUGGAGUAGUAGGAUUUAUGAUGCAGCAUUUUUUUAAUAAAGGUGUAAGAGAUGCUUGAUGCCGAACACGAAGAUUGAGCCAUUUCUGGCCUCUGAGUCUUCAGCUUCUGAUGAAGAAACACAGUUGCAGUUUUACCUCCAGAGGCAGUUAGAAGAAGAUGUAGCCAGGAUCUUUGAUGAAUCUAUAUAUACCGACAUUGAAGUGGUUUGUGGAAAGCUAAAAGUUCUAUCACAUUCUUGUAUUCUAAAGGCUCGUACCAACAAAUUUUAUAAUAAACUUGAAGCUAUUUUGCAUGUCAGUAUACAAAGGAACACUUUUGAAGAGAUAUAUUCUUUUAUUAGUGACGUUUAUACUGAGUGUGAUAUCAAAAAUCAAGAGAAGGAAAUUAUAAAAUAUUUAAAAAAUAAUUUAUCUUUUUCUAAUUCUGAUAAACUAAAACUAUGUUAUGCAAAAGAAGAGGAUAUUGAUGUAUUUUUAACACCAAAAUGUUUAAGCCCUUACUCCGAUAGCAAAAUUCAGAAGAUUAAUAGUUGUACUAGUCCCAAUACUGAGCUAACUAAAGAGUAUUAUGCUCUUGUGCCUAUAGAAGGCAAUUUACUGGAUCAAGAGCUUUUGGAACAGGACACUUUAUCUGAUGCUUUUCAAUCUAUAAUUAAAACCCAAAUCAAAGAUACUGACAAGAAAACACUACAUGUUAAACCAACAUCUCUUGCACUUAUCUCUAGUCACACAUCUAAAAUAAUAAAACAUUCUAGUAGUUGUGAUAUUAUUAACACAAAUAUUUUAGACCAUACAUUAAAAAACGAAUAUAGAAUUUUUGAAGAUAAAGACAAACUAGAUAACAACACACAAAUUCAACAGUUAAAAUCAAAAAUUAAUGAAGAAAACGUGACAAUUAAUGUCAAAACUGUAAAACCAAAUUUAGAUGAUAAAGCCUUAGACUGUACAUUUUCCCCUGAUAGUUUAACUAUUGACGAACCAAGUUCAUCUUCAGAUUACUUAUCUGCUGCAUUUAAUUGUUCACCUAGCUUGGGUCCUUCGGAUUUUUUCCCUCAAAUAAAUGUAUGUGAAAAUUUGGCCAAAAUGGAUAAUGCUUUUACUUCAUCAGAUUCUGGACUAGAAAACACUGGAAUGUUGGAAAGUCUAAGUAGUUUUAAAGAUGUAACUUUAACUGAUGUCUCUAUGACGGAAAGUGCAUUACCUGAAUCCAGUACUGAUGAUCAAAAUAUAUCGAUCGAUUGCAACUUAAGCUCAUUAAAUGAAACGGACUUUUUAAUACUACGCCACCAAGACGCUACUUCGGGUGCCUGUUCUAUAAGUGGAACAUCUACUGAAAAAAUAGCUGAUAAAAAUAUUGAGAUGACCAAUAAUACAAAAUCAACGACACAUUCCAUGAUGACCAAGGAAGAAAAGCAAAGAUUAAAUGAAGAGAUUGUUAUUCUUGAAUCUUCAUCUGUUUCGUCAGAGACAGGUUCCUGGGAAUCAGUGUUCCCUCCAAAAGGCACUGCAAAAGAUAUUUGUGAAAGAUUUUUGAAUAAUGAGAGACUAGUGGUUUGUGACAAAAAACAACAUACUAAAGUCGAACAAUUGAAUAACGACAAGACGCCGUGUAAACCCAGCUCUUGCUUUAUUGAUGCAUCGAGUUUAGUUGACGACGAAGAGAGGAGCAAAGAUAGUUCUGAAUUGGAUAUUCAUAAGAAAUGUGAUUUUAAAGCAGAAAGUUCAGCCGCCGUUAGUCAGCCACUUCCAUGCUCCACAAGAAAUAAGACGGACGCAAGCCUAAGUGACUGUUCCGAAAAUAAUGAAAAUGAAGAUUCACUGGAGCAACAAGAUAGUAAAGAUCCUGAUUCCAUACAAAAAGAUAUAUCACCAACAAUUUUUGAAAUGACACCCAUCACUGAAGAUUCUUUGUCUACAUUUGAGAAUCCAGUUUCUCCGCGAGAAACAAAGUCGGCUACUUCUGUCAUUGGAAAAGAAAAAGUAGAUAGUCAACAGGAAUGUAGUAGUAUAUCCCCCUCUCGUAAUAUUUAUAUAGCGACAACGCCACAUAAUUCUAUCAUGUCAAUAGGUAAUGUAGUGCCGAUAAACAAUAUUAAAUCUGACUAUCGUAAUGAUAUACAGGCUGUUAACUGCGAUUCUCACAUCAAUCAUAUAAAACAGACACGUUAUGACGAAUCCUCGCCAAUACUUUCUGGGGGGUCAUCAUUAGUGAGCCACACACCUCCAUUUGAAAGCCAUAACAGUCCUCUAUGCCGAAGACGGUUGGACAAUAUACCCAUAGAAACAAGUAUCAGUUGUUCCAGCAUGGAAAGUAACAGUUCACAAAUUCCUAGCAGCUUAAAUACACAUUCUGCUUGGAUAGUUGACAUGCACCAAGCACAAGAAAAAUCUAAAAAUAUAAAACCAGAUGUUAAAGUAUGUGAGAAUAUUAAAAAAGAAGAAAUCAAUCGACUUUCAAUUGAAAGAAAUAAAAGCCGAGAAUCUGUUGACUCAGAUAGUAGUGAAAAAUCUAGUCAUAAGUUUUAUAUAGAUCUAUCUAGUUUACCAGACCCAUUACCAGAAAAGAACGAGAAUUAUAUAGAUACUAAUGAAAAGAAAAAUAUUUUUUCAAUGUACAUUGACUUAGGCGAUAAAGCACCAGUAAGAGAUAUGCCAAGCAGACUGUCUUCUUCUUUACAAUCAAAAAAAUCAAAUGACAAUAAACAUUCGAAAUUAACUCAAUCUAAUAAAUUUUCUAUGGAUAGCUCAUUGCCCAUAAUGUUUGAUUCUCCCACAUUUGAAAAGUAUGAAAAAUUAUGUAAUAAUCCACAUAUAAGUAUAGCAGAUAUAAUAACCACACCAAAGCAUUUAAAAUCGGAACGAACCAAAGGAGGUCCGGAAAAAGAGAUUAUUAAAGACAAAAAAAAUUAUAGGAGUGUUAAUGGUGAAAGUAAACUUAAAAAUAAUUCAAUACCAAUAAUUCAUGAAGAAGUCCAUAAUACAUCUGGUGACCUCUUUGUGAAGCUUUCUGAUUUGGAUAAGCCGGUCCAAUUAUCAGAUAUAUCAAACCAAAAACCAAAACAUAAUAUUGAUGUUAGAAUGACUAGAUCUAUCCCAGACGGUAGUAGAUGGGGAGAACAAAAUCAUUCUGCUACUUCCAGAUUAAGUGAUGUGCUAAGUUCUUUCCACUCUGAAAAUGCACUGAGCCUAAACAGAUUAUUUCCACAUUUAAAAAAUGAAUUCAGCAAAAGUAUGCCUGGUUCAUUAUCUGCAAGGACUAGAUCACCACUAAGAUCUGGUAUAUUAAAUAGCCCUGGAGAUGCAGAAGAGCAGAUUUCAGAAGUAUCAGAGCUAAGCAGUGUUCAAAGUAGCAUGUGUCGUUCAGUUAUGGAAAGUACUACAGAAGAUACAAGUCAAACUUCAAGUUUCAUUGGUAACUGUCAAUCAAGACUAGGUCAGGACUUGCUUCGAAUGUUUUUAGAAGAAAUUGCACCUGAUGUUACUGUUGAAGUAUCUGGAAAAAGGAUUAAAGCUCAUAAAUGUAUUCUAUCAUCAAGAUGUCAGUAUUUUGCUGGAAUACUUAGUGGAGGUUGGGUGGAAAGUGCAGGAAACGUGAUAGUUUUACCACCAUUUUCUUACAAUGUGGUUCAUUUUGCUUUGUGCCAUAUCUAUUCAGGGCUAUCCACUAUACCAGAUACUAUAAGCAUUGUCGAAUUAGCAACAAUUGCUGAUAUGCUGGGUCUUGAAGGCCUUAAGGAGGCUAUUAUGUUUACUUUAAAGGCUAAAUAUUGUCAUCACUUCCAUAGACCUUGCCAAUUGUGUACAGCCGGUGUUAUGGAAUGUAUUACACUGUCCUCGGUGUACGGAUUAGAUGAUCUAUAUCGCAAAUGCUUGAAAUGGAUAACAAAAUACUUCUUAAAAGUAUGGCCCACCAAAGCUUUUGCUACGCUGCCAAAGGAAUUGCUCGAUAAAUGUUAUCAGGAACACAUUUUAAAUAUGUCUGUGGACAAUAUCAUAGAUACAGUCUGCGGAUGUGGUGUUACAGCAACAUCACUCCACAAUAGCAGAUGGGCCGAAACUGUUGCCCGUAUGUGUAGAAGAUUAGUAAAUGCGGCUGCACACUUUGCUGCACCUAGACUAGUCACAAUCCUUGAAUUGACUGCAUCAGUUUCCAAUAAUGCUGUUCAACCUGCCAAACAGGCAUUGGGUGAUUGUGUAACAGCUGCUAUAGAAUGGGCCCCACCUGAUGAAACUUGCCGUGCAUAUGCUUACCUCUCUAAACUGGUCAAGGAAAUAAGAAAUCAACAACAUAAUUCAAAGCUGGAUAAUGUCAUGAUGAAUGAAGGAUCGAAGGUUCUUGACCUAGACAAUUUUCUUUAUGCUAAUGCUAGUGGCUGGCGCUUACAAUGUGAAGGAACAUUGGUUCGCGCGGCCCCUAGGGUUGUUGGAACUCAGGCGUUUAAAGAUCUGCCGUCUGAUUUACGAAAGAGGUUACGUGAAUUAGGCUGCAUUAUGUAUGGUCCGCAAGCUAUUCCAGUACUAUCAUCACCCUUACAAGACAGGAAAUGUAAGAGUGUUUAUCACGGUAAACCCGUUAAGUCGAACUACUCUCCGGCUUCACGGAGCCUUGAUAUGGAUCACGUACGUAAAUCUUUCGUUCCGUAUAAACCCAAGCCAAUAACAAUUACAGGACUUCGCGAUGAUCUGAAAAAUAAUAAACUAGUUCCUCCUAAAGUAAGGACUACGAAAGCUCAAGAAGAACGAGCAAAGUUUAAUACCAAGAAGAAUUUGGGGCAAGAUCAUAGUAAUGCGAAAUCAUCGUUGCGUAAUCCGUUUGAAAAUACCAAACCACGAUACUUAGAGCCCCGUCCAUGCAAAGAUAAUGAAAUUAGGAUCUCACCAAAGAAGCUUGUAAAUAAAAUUAUAUCUUCGAGUGAAUCUUCGCGUAAUUCCAGCCCCAUUCAAGCGCGUAAUUUGAGGUCUAAUUGCGUAAAACCAAAAGAAACCGUGGUACAAGCAAUGUCCCAAGAUAGUUUGGCGACUUCAUCACGACCUCGGACUGCUGAACCGUCUACAGAUUCGCUUAGCGAAUCGCAAGCCAGUAACAAGUACGCUACUUAUACGAAGGCUAAACAUGCCGGUCGAGGUUCUGUUGAAUCAGUUAAAUCAUCAAAAGGCCUUGCAGGAAUGCGUGCUUCUUCUAGUGCUAGAACGAAAAUACCAGUUUUAAUGAAUCAUUCUACUGGCUCUAAUGGUAGUGCGAGAGGCGCAGAAGUUAACAAACGCCGCACUCAAUCGGCGACUGUUGUUUAUCAAAAUCAAACUGUAGCGGUACCAAACAAAACGAUUGUACGUAAUUCACUGAUGAGCGCUACCAAGUCAAGCUCAGCUAAGAUGGUUCCGAAAAUAAACAAAGAUGGAAAUAAAGCGAGUAAUAGGCCACACAAAAUGAACACAUAUAAAAGUAUUAAACAACAAAGCGAGUCUCAAGGUGCAGAUGAUAUUCCAACUUUAGGUCGUUCUGGAACUUUUCUAAAAGAUGAACCCACCUUUGGUGACAAAACAACAAAUAUGGAUAUAGGUGAAUAGAAAGUAGUUAAUAGAAGAUUUUGCUUUUUAUAGUUAUAAAGUUGAUGUUGUAUAAAGCCUUUAAUUAUUUGUUACGAUCGUUUUAAAUAGUUUACAAUAUGUAAAAAUGUAUUUAUUGUAGUAGUGCUUAACCACCGGAUAUUCGAAAAUUUUACUAGAGAUACUUCAUGUUUCAGUUUAAGUAUACAUUGCUGGCAAUGAUUUCGGAAAAACAUAAUAACAUUAUUUUAUUUAUUAUUUAUUUCUAUACUUUCAAUUUUAUUGUUGUGGGUACAUUUAUAUAUUAAGCUUUAUAUCUAUCAAACAAUCGCUGCCGAUCAAGUUACUUUUUAAUAUGCCUUUAGGACUGUAACCAUUACAGAACGAGAAAGAUCUGUUCACAUUUAGAAAAUCUUACUGAAACUAUAUAAUAUAUUGCAUUUAAGUAUAUAUAUUUAACCCGCCUGCUAACCGCCUGAUAUACAAUACAAAACAAAAUUUGGAAAAAAUAUUUUUAAGCGGUCAUUUUAUGUACUUAGGAAAGAGAAAAGAUAUAAUAGAUGUACCAUAUAAAAUAAUUUUUUAUUCGCUAGUUUUUAGACAACUAUAGACUCCGUGAAAAUAAUAUCUCACUUGGCUCAUUUUUAAACUAAUAUUGAAUACAUGGCGAUAAGAAACUUCUAAUCAAUGCCGCCUAAAUUUAGUGUAGCAAAACCAUCUCUCUGUGGUGUAUUUGUCCACACUUGCAAUGUGUACAGAUUGACAUUUUUUAAAUACUUAAUAUAAUUAGUAUUAUGGACCGAACAUUCCACGGGUUAACAGCAUCUAAUGGGUAAUAAUAUAUUCGCGCUAUGCAAAGUGCAUUCAUUCCUACAUAUGUUCUUAGAGAUAAUUUUCUGAAGUGAAACCUACCAUUAUAUUAAAUGUUAUUACCCAAACGUUGAUUAAACAACUUUUGGGAGAUUUAUAAUUAAUUAUUAUUUUCUUCGUCUUUUCUUUGUCUACUUUUCCUUCUAAAAUGAAUGAAAAAUAUUUAAAUUGUGCCAGCAAUAAAAUUAUCAAUAAUGGGGUGCGUUGCGAUCGAUUUACUCUACGCUGCAGCGUGAUUUUCGUUUAUACUUCUUUGUGUUUGAAACUUGAUACGCAUGCCGUAUGCGUGCCUACAGAAAAAGUGUGUACACAGGGACAAUUUGUUGUUAUAAUAUUAUUUACUGUUUUACUAUUUAACUGAUUUUUUUGGAACGAAGUUCGUUAUGGGACGAUGCGGAGGGGUACCCUAACCGGGAAAAAACCGGAACGUAAGAUUAUUAUUAUUGGAACGAAGUUCCUUACGGCAGGCUUGGAGGGGAUAGGUAUUUUGCUGCGCGACGAAUAAAACCGUUAAUGAGACGUGCGCAAGCGCGACAGUCGCAUACACAAGCGAGUAGUGUAUAUAUUAUCAAUAUUAUUAUAUUAAUAUAUGAUAACGAUUAUAGCAAUAUUAGAACGAUUUUUUUUUGCAAUUUGCGUCGAUUCUACAUUAGCCGAAGGAUCUUCGUUCCUACCUGGUGUCCCACGACACCACAUCAUUUUUUUGAAUUAUAAAGAUAGUUGGAAGGCCAAACCAAACCAAAAUACAGUAAACGAAUAUAUAUUUGAUCUUAUUGAAGAUAAACUUCUUUGACUAUUAUUUUGCGCGCGCACAACGACAUCUAAAAAUAAAAGUUUACAGAAAUUUUCUGACGUUUGCGACAUUAAUUUAAUUUUUUUUUCGUUUCUUCUUCCAUUAUUAGGACAGGCAGAGGGUUCAAGCCAAUACAGCCGUAUUCCUUAAUAUUCAAUAAUUUAUUUCACGUAUUUACAAUAUUGUUCUUUCUACAAACGUAGACGCGACGAAUAAAUAUUUUUAAGGAUUUGUUUUGUUACCCCAAAGAAGUAUAACUAAAGUAGACACACACUUUUUUUUAUUUUAGACAGUGGAAUUCAGUGGAAACUGCCCAUUUUUUUAGUUAAUCAGUAAAAUAACUAUUUUUAUAAUAACUUCUGUAUUUCCUAUAAGGGUCCCACGACACCACACGGUUUUUUUUUAUUUAAAAAAAGAGGAUAUAGCAUUUCUUUUAAAGGUAAAAUAUUACAAAGUGGCGUCGACGUUUCGAUCAAAGUUGUGGGACUAAGUGAAUGUUUCUUGUGCCCUACAAUUACGCUAUAGCAUAGAAAUAUAUGACUACGUUUUGAUGAGAUAGAACAACCCCUAAAGUAACGCACUAGUUGGAUGUGUCCAAUGGCAGGUGGCAGUGGCUUAUCACUUAAUAGGUAUGAAACCAAGUUUCAUGUUACUUGUUAUAUUUAUGUUAAUAUAGGUACCUUGACAAAUAUACUAUUUAGAACUGGUUACUUCUUUAAUCGUUUAUUAUAAUUAUAUUUCGUGUGUAUAAACAAUUAGCCAUAUUAAAGUGAACUUGCAUAUUAUUGUAAUAUACCUUGACAUUCGUAAUUUCUUUAUUAAUUUUCUCGCUCACUAAAAAUCCUAUCAUUAUAAAUUAAAUUGACAAGUUUUGUGUUUAUUCUUAGUUAGCUAUAGGUUUGACGGUUUUUGCAGUAAGGGAUGCUUUUAUGGUAUAUCAUUUUUUAUUAAUAUUUAUGUAAUAUAUUUAAGUUAUUCUUAAACUAGUCUGGUCAUAUGUUGUAUGUGACCCAAUUGUUAAUUAUUUAUAAGUUAACUGUUUUUCAUGGUAGCUUCUUUAAUAAAAAAGUUGAAUUGUUUUGAUAUAUCCAUAAACGUUGCUUAAGAAGUUUUAAUGUUUUUAAGAAUAAUUUUAUUUUUGAAAUGGCUUUAAAGCAAUGGAAGAGAUUAGUAUAUAAAGGACCUAUUUAUUUUGCGGAAUUUUUAAAACUAAUUUCCUGGGAUAAUUUCAUAAGGGGGUCAAUCAUAAAAAUUAUCAGUAGGUAUAGAUGUCAGAUUGUUUUGUUUAUGUAAUAAAAAAAGAGUAUUAAUUACUUGUAUCUUCGGCGAAAUUUUGACACCGAAUAUUCUUUACGUGUGUUCGAAAGUAUUAUAAAUUAAAUGGAAUUUAAAAAUAUCUGAGUAUAUUUUAUUAGUAAGAAAAACUUAACGGUCAACAACAUAAAAUUAAUUGAAUAGCUAUCUAUCGGUUUUAGGAAGAAUAAUUCUCGAAUCGAAUAAUAUGAACACACGGUUAUAAAAUUAUAUUACUAUCUAUUUAGCUGCUUACUCGCUGGGUACAUAGUUAAGAAUAUCCGAAGUGCUGUAUUAUAAUGUGCUUUAGAAUGGUAGCUUCCACGUGGAUCUUUAAUGGUUGUUUUUUAUAAAUUGUGCCGUUAUGGUCAUAACAUCAUUUAUCUAAAUUAACGACGUAUAGCGCUUUAGACAUGUAUUAUUACUUAUAUUAUAAAAACACAAAUUAAGUUUGAUCCUCUUCAUUAAUGCUGGUAAAACUAUGUGUACCUACUUAUGGGCGUAGCGAGGAUUCUAUAUGGAGGGGUCAGAUAAAGAAAAUCCUAGACUACAUUAUUUUAGUCGUAGUUUUUAGUGGUUUAGUGAGGUAAACAUUUUACACAAAAGAGUACAACAAAAAAUAGCUUUAUUACUUAAAAAGCAAAGUGCGCGGUUCCUUACAAAAUCUAUUUAAAAUUUCUCGUACAAUUUGAUUUUUUCUUUCUUGGACAAUCUUCAAUCUCAGGCGAUUGUACCGAGCGGAGCACUGCGAAUUUCGAUUGACAUUGGAGUCUGUUGCGUCUUCUGUCAUCCCGCUCCUAUGGCGUUAGGGCGCGUUUAUAUGACUCUCUUCUAUAUGGUGCAGCUGCCCCCCCCCCCCCUGUCGGUACCUCGCUACGCCCACUACUAUAUUAAUAACAAACAGUUGUGACCGCGGAGCAAUUUAAUGUGUAUGGUGAGCUCUGUCGCACGUACAGUAGGCGUCCAUACUAAUAUUAAAAAUGACAUUCAAAACACCCGUGUGCCCCUAGCGAACCUUAUAGUUAAUAAAAAUGCAGUCAGUGAGGGUCUGAUAUUAGUAUGACACUGCAUCGUUCGUAAGGAAUCGCGAAAGUUUCCGGUAGAUUCUGUAUUGGUCAGAGUUAGAUACAGCCGUAAUAAGUCUAUGCACUCACACUAUCCAAUAAAUUGUACAAAUUCGAUGUCGAUGAGUGCUCAUACAUAAUCGAAUGACAAAUCAACAGACUCGGACAAAGUCCUGUACUUGUUUCUUGCUUUCAGGCCUAAACCAGUUUAUAUUACAAAAUUGAUUUAGGGUAGACAUAGGAUUUAUAAAAUAGGUAUAUCUUUCUGAAUGAUCUCAUCGAUGCACAUAAGCUGUUAUAUAAAUUUGCAUCAGCCAUUAGUAUCCACGUAUUUAAAGAUUUUUUGGCCAUGUUUCAUUUCGAUUUUAUUAAUAUAGGGUUAAUAUCAUAAUCACUAACUAAAUAAGAUUAAUCACUAUGUUUUCUGCAAAAUAUAUCUAUCAUAAUAAUUAAUAGGUAAGUAAUAUUAGUACUAAAGAUAUCCGAGAAAUUUAUUUAUUUACCAAUUUUCAAGUUUGAUAGUGUAUGUAGAUAAUACUGACGUUAAACUAAAGGUUUAGAUUUGGUAACCAUGACUUGAGAGCAUUUUUGACUUAGCAGACUAAAUAAUUAGUUUCACAAUUUUGAAACUUCAAACCUUAGAUUAAGGAUUGGUCUCCGCUGUUCUGCAACUAGAUACCGUACUACCUAAAACAAUAGCUUUUUUAUUAUGGCAACUUUAUAUUGGGGUGAAUAUUGGCUGUUUGUAAACAUGCUCGUGUGCGUGACAUCUUGAUACUCAAUGGCUUUUUUCAUAUUUUGUAACUUAUAUACGCUUCGUGCGAUUUUACCUUGAAAUUAAUAACAUACAAAAUACUUACUUAUUUCUUGUAGUAUAAUUUUCACAAGUUUUACUACGCAACCAGGCAUUUUAAGUUUCAAUUAUUAGCAAAGUUUAACAGAACAUGUGGCACGUUAACUUCACAAAUUGUUCGAGACGCGCGCCUGCGUUCUAUCUAGUUGGAGUGGAUCGGGGACCAAUCCUAACCAACCAUUAUACUUUUUUAAAUAAAUGACGUGGAUUUUAUCCAAUUGUUUAAUUACGCAUUAAUAUAAAAUUUUAGUUUACUAUUGUGAUAUAUUCAAAACUUUCGUUCUUCAUUCGAUCUACAUCGUGGUUUGCCGAAUACGAACAGUAAAACUGUACGAGCAAAUCGCUGUGCAGAUGUAUGUUAUUGGAAUUAUUAACACCCACAACGGUCUAUCCAAAUAGUAUAUGUACAUAAUCUUCGACAUAUUGUAUCGAUUAUAAGAAUAUUCGGAAAACUCAAGCACCUAAUAGUGUUUUAAAAACAACUAAAAUAAAUAUCUGAUUAGUAAAAACAUGAUAGCAAAUACUAAUUCAAUGAUGUAUUUUCUUCAAAGGUACUCAAAUAACUUGAAAAAAGUUCGAUCAUACCGAGUAUAAGUAUUAUGAUUUAAAACUAUGGAGAUAGAUACCUACUUGUGAGUGGAAAUGAUUUGCAAUAAAUUCCUGUAUAUUGUGUGCGGUCGUUCUUGUACUUAAUUACCUGUACCAAAUAUCUCUUAACUGUAAUAAAUCAAACUGACCUGUAAAAAAUAAAAUAAACAAGUAGUGUUAAAUUAUUAAUUCCUUAUCAUCACGUAAUUUACAUAAUUAUAAUAGUUACUCUUUGAAAUCGAAGCCUCUAGAAUCGUUUAGUACAUUGGGGGUAGAACUAAUUUUACCGUAGUAUAAGAACGUGCAAAUUAGUUUUAGAGUGUAAUAAAUAAAUAAAUGUGCAUUUA